UAACAACAAUUACAUUAGAGGAACGACCUGAGUUGACGUCGAUCGGACCCUUAAGGCCAGAUUCCCUUGGCACUACCCCACACCAAGCUCCCACCGCCCUGGUGGCGCCUCUAAAGUACAGCUCCAUAAGACUCGCAAACCUGCAAUUCUACACCAAACACCCCAAUUGCCCAAUAUGAAGCUCACAACCGUUCUUGCCCUUGCCGCGACCGCGCUCGCCGGAGAGACCAUCAACAACGAGCACCUCAAGACCGAAGUCGUCACCGCAGUCGACUGCAAGCGCCCCACCAUCGCCGGCGAUAAGAUCCACGUCCACUACCGCGGCACCCUCGAGUCUGACGGCUCCGAGUUCGACGCCUCGUACAACCGCGGCCAGCCCCUCAGCUUCAAGGUCGGCAGCGGCCAGGUCAUCAAGGGCUGGGACCAGGGCCUGCUCGACAUGUGCCCUGGCGAGAAGAGGAAGCUGACUAUCCAGCCGGACUGGGCAUACGGCAGCAGGGGCGCUGGGCCAAUCCCAGCGAACAGCGUGCUGAUCUUUGAGACCGAGCUGGUUAGCAUUGAUGGUGUGAGCAAGGAUGAGUUGUAGACGCGCUUAAGGUUUUAGGAAGAUGCUGGAACGCCGUAUAUAAAACGAAACGACAAUCAAAACUUGUAUGCACUUGGACGUUUGCG